AUGAGUAAUGUAGAGGAGGCGUUGCUGCAUUUACAGCACCUCAUUGUUAAGGCCCGACAGAAGAGUCAUAGUGGGAGUAAUGAUAGUGACGAUAAUAACAGCACAACAAGUGAACAUGUUAGUGUUGGGGAAAUAGAACAGCGGUUUGCACUACUGGAAGAGGAAUUAUUUCGCCAAGAAGGUCUACAACAGCAAGCUAUUGAGCUUCACCGACGUUCUAAACAACGACGACGCGAACAACAACAACAACAACAAUAUCAUCAUCAUCAAGAAGAAGAAGUAGAAGAUAUAGAUAGAAGUGAUUCUGUAGGUGAAAACGCAAUUGCCUCAUCCAAGUCUUAUAAACUCUCUCACUCCAUAUCCUCAGAUGAUCAAAUGUCUCCUCAUGUGAAGAAUACAAUAGCAGCAGCAGCAGCGACGGCAGUAUCCAUGGCAACACCAAAACUGAAUAGUGAACUCCAUCGGGGUCCCUCAAUCUCUCUCAGUAGUACUGCCUCUCCACGACAGCGUAGUUCAACACGGGAGGCAACGCCGUAUACAGAGAUAAAAAAGAAUAGAGAAAAGGAAAAGAAGGAAGAAAUACCAGUACUCUCACAGGGUACACAUGCUCCUCUAUCGUCUACUGCAGAUACCGAGGCACAUGUAUUAGUUAACCUUAUAGAUGGAUCAACGCAGUUAAGAGGAAUUUUCACUACCAAUGACAAUGCUAAUAAUAAUAAUAAUAAUAAUAAUAAUAAUAAUAAUAAUAAUAAUAAUAAUAAUAAUAAUAAUAAUAAUAAUAAGACUAGUGUUGAUCCUUAUGCUGGGGAAGAGAGGAUACCUUCUAAAUACCAAUAUUGCUGUUUCAGUACUCCCUCCUAUUCCUUCGCACAGGCCUAUGCAAAUGAUGAUCGACAGCGUCUUCUUUUCAUUAUUGAUCAACUCUCACAUGUACUGCGUGAGGAACGAUCUCAGAAGGAGGCACUCCAGCAGUGUGUUAUUCCUGUAAUGGUGCGACACAUUGAAAGACUCGAACGAGAGGUGGCGUUGCAGCAACGUGAGAUUGCCGCUUUAAAAAGGGAAGUAGCACUGCAGGUGGAACUCACACGCAUGACAGAGUCAUCAACUGAUGACGAUAGUGAGAGCGAUAAUGAUAAUGAUAAUGAUGUCAAUCAUCACACUGAUAGUGGUAAGAUGAAGAAGAAACUUAAAAGGGAAGGACAUGUAGCGGAUCUACUACUACAGUGUGAAGAGCAUCUGCGUCGUCUUGUACAUAAUAAUAAUAAUAAUCAUAAAUGA